UGUCCAAAAUAAACUCACUGUUUAGAACAAUUCUUCAGAAAAAAACUCUUAAACGCUGUUCUUUUGCUUCAUCGAUGGGUGACACAGUUGUUCCGGUAGCCACAAAGAGGGGGAGGGGCAGAAAGGCCCUGAAGGAGAAAAUCCCAUCAACAAACGAGGUCAACAUUAUCGCCGGAAAGGUUUCUGAGUCUCCGGCGAGUCCAAUUUCAGCCUCGUUGAAACAAGAUUCCAAGAAGCAGCAAUCUUUCGAGAAAGAAUUGCUCGAGAUGCAGGAAAUGUUGCAGCAGAUGCGCCUCGAAAAGGAGAAGACCGAAGAGCUUCUGAAGGUUAAAGACGAGGCUCUGAAGCAGAAGGACGCAGAGCUCGAAAACCGUGGCCGUGAACAAGAGAAGCUUCAAGUUGAGCUGAAAAAACUGCAGAAAUUGAAGGAGUUUAAACCAACUAUGAAUUUGCCUGUGAUGAAAGAUAAUGAAACAAAGAAGGACAAGAAGAAGAAAACAGGCUCUGAGAAGAAAAGGCCUUCCCCACCUUAUAUUUUGUGGCUGAAAGAUCAAUGGAAUGAGAUAAAAAAGACGAACCCAGAGGCAGAAUUUAAGGAAACUUCUAACAUGUUGGGGGCUAAAUGGAAGACUGUGAGUGCAGAGGAGAAGAAGCCUUAUGAGGAGAAAUAUCAUGCUGAGAAAGAAGCUUAUCUGCAAGUGAUUGCCAAAGAAAAGCGUGAGAGUGAGGCAAUGAGGUUGUUUGAAGAGGAGCAGAAACAGAGGACUGCCAUGGAAUUGCUUGAACAGUACAUGCAAUUCAAACAAGAGGCAGAAAAAGACACCAAGAAGAAGAACAAGAAAGAGAAGGAUCCUUUGAAACCAAAGCACCCCAUGUCUGCUUAUUUCUUGUUCACCAACGAUAGGCGUGCAGCUCUUAUUGCCGAAAACAAAAAUUUCUUGGAGGUUCCUAAGAUCACAGCCGAAGAGUGGAAAAACAUGACAGAGGAACAAAGGAGACCCUAUGAAGAGAUGGCAAAGAAGAACAAGGAGAAAUAUGCUUUGGAAAUGGAGGCUUAUAAGCAGAAGAAAAAUGACGAGGCUGCACAUCUCAUGAAGGAGGAGGAGGAGCAUAUGAAACUUCAGAAACAAGAAGCCUUGCAACUGCUGAAGAAGAAGGAGAAAACUGAUAACAUAAUCAAGAAAACAAAACAGAAUCGUCAGAAGAAGAAACAGAACAAGGAAGACAAGAAUUCUGAUCCAAACAGGCCUAAGAGGCCUCCAUCAUCGUUCAUCCUAUUCGGCAAAGAAGCAAGGAAAACUUUACAAGAUGAAAGACCAGGAAUCAACACAUCAACCCUUAGUGCACUUGUCUCGUUGAAGUGGAAGGAACUGAGUGAGGAAGAUAGGCAAUUCUGGAAUAGCCAAGCAUCUGAUGCAAUGGACGCGUACAAGAAGGAGAUGGAGGAAUACAACAAAUCUCUUUCUGCAGUUGCAAACCAGGAGCUGAAAACUGAAGAAUAAAUGUAGAAAAAAAAAAUCUCGUAGUGCAUGUUCAAAUUAUAUUGAAUAUGCUUAUCUUGAAAGUUUAGUCGUAAAUCUUGUUGUCACCCGUAAUUUUCUUUACACGAGUUGUAAAGAAAAUGGAACAAUCAUGUCUGGUUCAUUUUUAGAUUUAAAAGUACUACUGCCAAUUUCUCUUAA